AUGGAGUUUGAAUUCCCGGGCUGGUCGCUUUCGGUGUCGCGCCCGGCCGGCGAGGCCGGCGCAGGCGCGGCGGCGGGCGAGGGGGCGCUGGCAGGCGACGACCUGCUGGAUGACCUACAGGACUUGUCAGAUGACGAAGACGAUGCAGCAGCGACAGCAUCAGCUGCCGCAGAGCACCUUGGGCCCCGUCUCCCGCACCCAGACGGGCAUCCGCAGCCGCUGCCAGACCCCGGCCGCAGCCCCGCGCCCACCGACCACACCACGGCACCAGCUGCGCACCCGCGGCGGCUGGGCCGCGCUUUGCCUGUAGAGGUUCUGCUGCUCGUGCUGGGCAGCCCCUGCAUCAGCGUGCGGGACCUGGCCAGCGGCAUGGCAGUCUGCGCGGACUGGCGCGCCGCGGUCGAGGGCAGCGAGGGGCUGUGGCUGCCCCAGCUGCGGCUGGCGCUGCCCAGGGCGCCCGCGGGGCCGGCGGCUGCUGCCCAUCAGCAGCAGCAGCAGCAGCAGCAGCAGCAGCAGCAGCAGCAGCAGCAGCAGCAGCAGCUGCCGGCCGCCGCCGACGGCGCCGCCGUCACCCCGGAGGUGCGCCUGCAGCUACGCCGCGCGCCCCCGCCGCCGCCCUGGCAGCUGCCGCCCGGCCUGAGGCCCUCUGACCCCCGGCUGCACCUCAGGGCGUGGCGGGCGCUGACUGGCACCGCGGCGCGAUUUGGGUGCCUUAGGAAGGGGUUCGAAUUCAUCGCUGAUGCGUUCGCGGCAAUAUGGGUCGCCGUGUCUGCUGCGGCGGUGGCGUCAACGGCGGCGGCGGGGCCGGUGGCCGGCGGCGGCGGCGGCGGCGGCGCCGGCAGCGCAGAGGGAAGCAGCCGCCGCGGGGGUGGGGGUGGUUUAGGGUCUGGCAGGCGGAUGACUCACGUGGACCAACUCUGGGAGGCGCCAGCUGGCGGAGAGCGGCUCGCGGUGGACGACAAGUACAACGCGCGCGCGGUCCAGCGGAUGGUCGGGAAGCUGGCCGGCCACGAUUGGCAGCUGCUCUACGGCGGUUUCUGCGCCCUGCUGGAGGCAAAGGCCGCUGAGCUGGCGCUUGACCUGCAGCGCCAGCUGGCGGCACGACGGCGCGCCGCGGCCGCGGCGGCAGCGACAGCGGCGGCGGCGCCGUCGGCAGAACCGCGGGCUGCGGCAGUGGUGGCGGCGCGGGACGGGGGCAGCGGGGGGGCGGCGGCGGGCGGCUGGGACGCGGGCGGCAGGCUGAUGGGCGGGGUGCUGGGUGAUAUGGAGCGGUGCAUGGAGGGGGCAUCGGCUCUCUUUGCGGCUGAGCCAGAGGUCCUGCUGGCGGCCUGCGGACAAGGGCCCUGCCCCGAGGACGGCAUCUGGCUGUGCAGCCGCUUGCUGACAGAAUGGGACGUGUUCCGCCGCGCCCUGGACCUUUUCGUGUCGCGCUGCGGCCCGCUGGGCGCGCGCGUGGAGGGGGCGCGCCAGCAGAUGCUCGCGGGGCCGGCGCCGCGCGGCAGCGGCGGCGCGGCGGUCGCGCUCACGAUCCCGCACCUGCUGAACCGCGGCCUCCUCGCCUUCCGCUCCGGCGUCGUCCUCGCGUACGGCGUGCGGCGCCCCCUCCAGGCCACCCUGGCGUGGCUGGCCGCAAAGGCAAAGGCGGACGAGCUGCCGCCCGCGCGCGCGGCGGCGCUUGACCGCGCGCAGAAAAUGUUGACCGAACUGGACGUGUAUGAUGACGCGACGCAGCCCGCGGCGCAGCACACGCACGAGAAGUUCCGGGCAGCGUUCGGGGCGCUGCUGCUGCGGGACCGGCGGCAGGAGCGGCACGGGCUGCGGGAGCGGUGCUGA